UAGCCAAUCUUCCUCGCUGUGUUCCGGUGUGGGGUAGUAGGGAAAGUAAGUGGCCGUGCUGUGCUCAGUGGUCGGAGUUGUAGCGGAGAGCGGACUGCGAGGGCGGCUGUAGCGGCACACACGGCCAAGUGAGCAUCAAAACAUUCCCACUACUUCCUCUCAUUGGGUCGCCAAGUUACAGGCAGCAACUCUUGUGGUUCCACUGUAAACAUGGGUGGUGAUCAAGCUGACCGGACGUUGUAUGUGGGGAACUUGCAUCCAAAGUCUACAGAGGAGUUACUGUUUGAGCUAUUUUUACAGGCUGGCCCAGUAGCUAAUGUAAAAAUUCCAAAGGACAAGGAUGGCAAUACAAAACCGUUUGCUUUUGUGAACUUUAAACAUGAGGAAUCUGUUCCUUAUGCAAUGAGUCUAUUAAAUGGAAUCAAGCUUUUUGGAAGACAACUCAAACUUCAGUACAGAUCAGGAAGCACUCAUGUUACUCAAGAUACAAGUUAUGGAGCUCAGUCACCACAAGGAAAUGGUCACACAUCUAACGGUAGCAGACAUGAGGACUUGAUGAAUUACAGUGAUUUCUCACCCGGUGCAAACUACCAGAGGUCCUUCUCUUCUCCUCCAGAUAAUCUACAAAGACAAGCAAUGAUGAACAACCUUUAUAAGCAGGAGUCUAGCUGGUACAGCCCGACCGGUGGCCAUUCUACUCCACAGCGAUAUGAUUCUCCCACUGGACACUCAAGAGGCUCAAGGAACCAUCCUCAUGAAAGUUACAACCGAGAUAUGCAUAGAGUGGGUCAGGAAGACUCUCAUUAUCGAAGCCAUGGUCAGGAAGACUCUCAUUAUCGAAGCCAUGGUCAGGAAGAUUCUUAUUAUCGAAGCCGAGGUCAGGAAGACUCUCAUUAUCGAAGCCGAGGUCAGGAUAUGUUAAGUCCAUAUCCAAGGAAAGAUUCCAGAUGGGGUCCAUCUCACCAUUAAACUGUCUGUUUCUCAUUCUUCAUACAGUAUAUGUAAAAAGAUCGUAUUACUAAUUUGUAUCUUCAAACAGACCAGUAAUAUGGGGGGGGGCGCAUAAAAAAAUAUUUAUUUAGCCUAGCCUAGAUGGCUUUAGGCUUGGUUUGUUUUAAUAAAAAAAAAAAAAAAGAAUUUGG